CUAUUAAAUAAUAAAUAAACAUGGCGCCAGUGAUGUUGAAAAAACCGGUAGCAACUACUCCAGUUUUUCCUGAAACAUCGGUUGAACCAAUUCAAGCGUCAUCAGUUAUAGUAAUUCAUCCCGGUUCUAUGUAUUUACGUAUUGGUCGUGCAUCUGAAGCAUUUCCUAGAGUCUUCCCUCAUGCCAUUGCAAGACGUAAUAAAUUAAGUUUCACUCCAGUGCACAAAGAUGAUUUUUUGGUACCAUUAGUUAAUAUGUCACCAGAAUUUAUUGCUUCAUUAGAUGAAAUUCAGAAUGUUAUCAGUACAGUUCUUGCUUCAUGUCUUACUCGAGAAGGAAGGCUGAGGUAUUCAGUUCCUCUGCAUGUAGUAACUGAACAUAAUAUGAAAGUAAAGCCUCAAGUUGUUUGUGUGAAAAGUGAUCUUUCAUGGACAAAAAUGGAAGAUACACAGGAUUUUGUUAUUGGUGAUGAAGUUUUAUACCUUCAGCCAGGUGAAAAUUUUAAUGUUCAUUGGCCAAUCAGAAGAGGGCAGCUUAAUUUACAUCCUGGUGUUGGAGGCUCAUUAUCCUCAGUUCUCGCAGACCUAGAAGCAAUAUGGAGUACUGCCAUUCAGAAGUAUUUAGACAUUCCAUUAAAAGAUUUAAAAUUGUACAGAGCAGUUUUAAUCAUUCCUGAUGUCUAUAAACGUGAACAUGUUAAGGAAUUAGUGAAUUUGCUGUUGACUCGGCUAGGUUUUAUGAGCUGCUUUGUGCAUUUGGAAUCAGUGUGUGCAACAUUUGGUGCUGGCGUCAGUUAUGCAUGUGUUGUUGAUGUUGGAGACCAAAAAACUACCGUGUCAUGUGUAGAAGAUGGAAUUUCCCAUAGAAAUACCAGGUUGAAUAUUAAUUAUGGUGGCAAUGAUAUAACUCGUCUGUUUCACUGGCUUCAAGAAAAGUAUAGUUUUCCAUAUCAUUGUUCACCUGAAAGUCCUCUUGAUUCUUUACUGAUGCAAGACUUAAAAGAAAAAUUGUGUCAUGUGAAUCUGGAUGUCUGUGGGGCUCAAGAUAGAAGCUUCCUUAUUAAACGACCUAAUGAACCAGUUGUUAGGUAUGUUAUAAAGGUUGGAGAUGAAUGCUUAAUAGCUCCAUUAGCUUUGUUUCAUCCAGAAUUGUUUGGAAUGACUGGUCCAAAAAAAGUACGAACUCAGCCUAGGAGUGAAGGCUUGUCUGAGGACCCUCAUGAUGAGUUGUAUCUAAUACAGACACAGAGACGGGGAUUUAAGGACACAAGUGAGGGACCAUCUGAGCAAACAUAUUCUGAUGAUGCACAUUUGAAUUCAAGCAUUUUAGAUGAAGAUAUGGAUUCAACAGAUCCUUCUACCAGUAUUAGUGCAAGAGAUGCUGAUCAAGAUAUAAACUGUGAUCAGCUUUUCGGAAUAGAUCAAGCUAUUGUUCAAAGCAUAGAGCGCUGUGACUCUGAUGAGUUGAAGAUGAAAAUGUACAGCUGCAUUUUAGUGGUUGGUGGUGGCAUGAUGUUUAAUGGUAUCCAUACAUGGUUACGUAAUAGGCUGCAAGUGCAGAUUCCUGUAAUGUUCAGAAGUGAACAAUUUGAAAUAAUAACUAGGCCUAAAGAUAUGGAUCCUCGAGUAACCGCUUGGAAAGGUGCUGCUCUUAUGAGUUGUUUAGAUACAGCUCAAGAACUAUGGAUUAAACAGAAAGAAUGGUUAAAAUAUAAUGUAAAAAUAUUGAGAGAGAAGGCACCAUUUACGUGGUGAUUUGUAAAUAAAUUGUACAUAUGUA